AUGGCCGACAAAGCCGACAAACCUGAUAAACAGAAAUUCAAGCUCAAACAGGGCAAGCAAAAGAUCCAGAUCGCGUUCAUCAAGAACCAGACGACGCGCAAGCAAACGUUCCGGAAGCGCAACGGCGGGCUGUAUAAGAAGGCUUACGAGCUCGCGGUGCUUUGCGGAGCCCAGGUGGUGGUCAAAGUCGACCAGAACGAGCCCAAAGGAAAAUCCGAGACUUUCCACUACUACUCCUGGAAGCCCGACCACGAGAACAAGAUUCCAAAGUAUAACGACGGGAGCUCGAGGACCAAGAGCUCGAGCAAGAGCAAGAACACGACGGUCGACGAGAAGUUCCCUCCUCCUCCUCCUCCUCCUCCUCCUCCUGCCAAUGAAGCUCCUCCCAAUCUCUUUGAGCAGCAGCAGCAAAUCUUUGACGAGGAUGAUGCGUCGCUCGUGGCGCUGCUGGACGACGAGGACUACGUCGAUGUCAAGGGGAGCAUCGACGAGAUCCUGGGAGAGGCACUGGGAAACGUCUUCUACUGAGAGUUAGAAAAGAGAAAAAUUUGUUACCAG